AUGACACAUUGGCUACCCGUUGCAGCAGCUGGUCCUCUUUGGAGAAGUACUUCCAGUUUACUUUUUGUAUGUGUUCACUGCAUUGGAUGGAUUGCUAUUGUUGGCACUGUUCUCAUUGUAGACUACAGUGAAUUCCUAGGACUUAAACAGGUUUACUACUACCUGAUUGGUCAAGAGUCACCCAUUUCCAAGAAAUCUCCAUCACUGCAAAGAUUGUACAGUCACAUGAGACAUCCGCUAUUCACAGGACUGACAUUGAUUCUCUGGUGCCAACCUGUCAUGUCAUUUGACCGCUUGCUACUUGCCGUAGUCUGGACGUUGUAUCUAGCAUUGGGCCACAAUCUUGAUAUACGUGACUACCAGUAUUUGAAAGAGCAAUUACAAGUAAAGCAUCAGAAUUUGAUGUACCACAAAUCAUUCCAAACUCUAUAAAAAGAAAAUAUUAAAUCAUAGACUUUUUUUAUUUUUAUAGUUAUUUAUUGCCCUUUAAAAUGCCAGUCAGUCUUUUUACUGUAUUCAUUGAUAUGUGUCCUAUCUGGUGUACACAUCUUAUGUAAUAUACACAAAAUUCCAUCAAUUUUGAAUAUGCAAGACUUAGUUCAAAUUGUAUUCAUGAGCAGUGUGAAUUGUACAUGUGAUUUUUUUACAGUAACAAUGACAUUGAUCUUGUUUAUGUAGGAACUAACUCUUGUGCUUGCUGAGGCUAGACUUCCCGACUGACAUUUUUAGAAUCAAGAAAUAAAACUUGAUUUCCUUAUUUCUGAAUUAAAAGCCUAUUGUUCUGCAAUAUUCAAAAUGAAUACCAGAAUGACAUAGAAGCUCUGUU